CAUUUUUCAGGGAUGCCAAGAAAACUGAGAAGAAUUUCCUUUACAACUCUAUGGAUAUUGAUGUAGCCGCCAGUGAGGUUGGUAGCAUAAAACCACAAUAUCCAGAGUAUAAUAUAUUGGAUGACUUCGUGGCCCCAAAUCCAAGUACUUCCAGUGCUCCCAUAUUUCAUUCAUCUCCUAUUGGCAAAAAGUCCUAUGUGUGUGACCGAUUGCCGUCUAACGAAGAUGCUACUGAAUCCACAAAUAAGAAAUUACUCGAUACAAAUAUGGAAAUCAUUAACCUGUGCACGAAAAUAUUGAACAUUAUGACUACUGACAGAAAAUCUCGACAGCAAACCUACCCUCCAGCAAACGGUGACUUAACACUGCAGUUUCCGCUCGAGAAUGAAGACCAGUUAGAGAUGCUGGAAGCAUCUUUAAGAGACGAAAAGUACAAACAGCAAUAUACUGCUAAGAUGGCUAGCUGCCUUCAGAGUGAUCCAAAGUUAUCACUUAAGGUCAUGAUGCACCAUGUUAUAAAACCUGAAGUGGGUUUGAAGUUUACAUUCCAGGGGACUUUGACAAAGUCAAGCAUUGUGCCUUAUGCCUUUUAUAAAAUAAUAAGAUGUAAGUUUCAUUAAUGAAGUAAUUAGUUCUGUAGCUUUAAUUAUGUCGCACUUCUCCGGCCAACUAAUGACGACGAGAGAGAUUGGUUACAUGAUGGAUAGGGCCACGAAAUCGUACUUUCAUAAUUUGAAAGAUCGUGUCCAAAGGCGUAAGCGGAAGCAAGGAAUUCAGGCAAAUGAAAAAGAUACCGGGGGAUAUAACAGUGGCACUUAUGUAAGUAAACUUUCAUAAAUGUAAAUGCUCAGAAUGUGCUCAGCACAAUUUUUCACCCACUAAUAUUUUAUUUUGCUUAUUUGCAGGAUGCUACCAGUGGAUCGCAAUUGACGGGAUUGCAGUGACAUUGUACUACAGUUUAUAAAUACAAAAGUCUCUUAAUUGUAAAAACUGAUUUCUUUCUGAAUUGCGCGGGCGUAGGACACAGGUGAUGAUAAUAAGUAGAA